GUCUUUCUAUCUCUCUCGCUCGCUCUCCCUCUCCUGCAGUUCACUCUCUCCUCUUGCACAGGGGAAAAAGCGUUUUGACGGAUUAGCUCGUCGGCUAGCGGGUGUCACCAAGCAAACAACAACCGGGCACCGUCCGGGCCCCUGCAAAAGGUCGCCGCAACCGGUGAAGAGCAAGUUCUUGGACCAUGCCGUUGCACCAUCCAGAAGACAUUUCCACUUGGGAAAGGCGAACGUAGAAGCUAGCAAGCUACCAACUCUUGUUAAUUGGCUUUAGGCUCAAAUGGCUCGCGCAUGUUUUGCCUGUCAUAGCGACAGCUGGCAAAGUUGAAAACGGGGAGAGGCAGUGCAAACUUCAUGACAAUCUCAAGUCAACAUUUUUUUCCAAGUGUGAACUUUCGGAGGACUCGAGUGGAACGGAACAGAAAAUGAAGAAGCAGUUUAAUCGCAUGAAGCAGCUCGCCAAUCAAACAGUUGGCAGAGCGGAGAAAACAGAAGUUCUCAGCGAUGACCUUUUACAGAUUGAGCGGCGGAUGGAGUUGGUGCGUGUGGUGUCCCACAACACACACAAAAAAAUGGUCUCAUGUCUACAGGGACACAUCGGCGCAGAUGCCGAGAAAAGACACUCCGUACCACGCCUCUAUACAGGAAAUGGUCAGAAAAAGCUUCCCCUGACGGCGUUGUCCCAAGCUAUGGUGGAAGGUGGAAAUCAGUUGGGUGAAGACUCUUUAAUAGGGAAGAUGAUGGAGGUGUGCGGGGACGCCGAGAGUCGUCUGGCGUCCGAAUUGAUGCAGCACGAGCUGCAGAUAGAGAAAGACGUGCUGGAUCCUCUCAGCCAGCUUGCCGAGGUGGACAUCCCCAAUAUUCUGAAACAGAGGAAACAGUUGGCCAAGUUAGUGCUGGACUACGAUUCCGCCAGAGCGAGAUGGUUGCAGGCGACCAAAUCGAUAAUCUCAGGAACAAACACUCAAGCACUGACAGCUAAGGCGGACCUUCUCAAGGAGGAGGUGGACGAGGCCAUGAACAAAAUGGAAGUUUGCAAGGACCAACUUGCUGCAGACAUGUAUAGUUUCUUCUCAAAGGAAGGAGACUACGCCUGUUAUUUCUUAACGCUUCUCGAAGCGCAGGCGGAAUAUCAUCGAAAAUCUCUCACUUUACUGGAGAGUGUGUUACCAACCAUUCAGGCUCAACAAGAUUCAUGGAUUGAGAAGCCCGCCUUUGGCACUGCGCUGGAUGAACACCUGAAAAGGAGCGGGAGGGAAAUCGCCCUGCCUAUAGAAGCCUGUGUCAUGAUGCUAUUAGAGACUGGCAUGAAGGAAGAGGGUCUGUUCAGAAUUGCAGCUGGGGCAUCCAAGCUAAAAAAGCUCAAGGCAGCGCUGGACUGUUCCACUUCACAACUGGAGGAGUUCUACUCCGACCCCCAUGCCGUCGCCGGAGCGCUGAAGUCCUACUUAAGAGAACUCCCUGAACCUUUAUUGACCCACCAACUUUAUGACGAAUGGACACAAGCAUGCAGUUUAUCAGAUUCGGACAAGAGGCUUCAGGCUCUGUGGCUUGUAUGCGAUAAGCUACCUAAAAACAACAAAACCAACCUGAGGUAUCUGGUGAAGUUUCUCGCUAAACUGGCUCAGGAGAGUGAAGUCAACAAAAUGACUCCCAGUAACAUCGCCAUUGUCCUUGGACCUAAUCUGCUCUGGGCUAAGACAGAAGGGAGUUUGGCAGAAAUGGCUGCGGCUACAUCUGUGCAUGUGGUGUCCAUAAUCGAACCCAUCAUCCAGCAUGCUGAUUGGUUCUUUCCCGAGGAUGUGGACUUCAACGUGUCUGGCAUGUUCUCCAUGCCCGUACCCUCAUCCAACCACAACAACCAUCUGGAUUAUGACAGUGGCACAAUUGAGAGGAAGAGACCGGGCAGUUCGGUGGGCCCGGAGACAGACUCAAGCCGCAAAGACAAUAGCACCUCUAACAAGUACUCGGACCACACCCUCCGUAGAGGCAGUACCACCUUAGGUAGAAAGCAGCACACCUCACCCGCCUUCCAGCCACCUUUACCCCCUGUGGAGGCUCUGGGGCAGGGACAAGGCACCGGGCAGGUCUCGCAGCCCUCGGCCGAGCCCCAGCCGGGGGCGGCGGGGCCCGACAGCCAUCAUAGCUUGGCACAGGGUCUCGCCGCGCUCGCUGCCGCUCAGCAGCUUCUGGCGCAGAACACGGAGGAGCUGAGCAACUCAAAGCCGCGAGACUCCACAACCGCACCGACCCCCCUGCUUCAGCGGAACGGUUCUGGAGCAGGGAGCCAAUCCGCCGGCCAGACGGGCACCACGACCAGUCCGUAUAUGACGCGUCGAGUUUUCAAGAAACAGGCCCCCGCUCCCCCCAAGCCGCCAAACCCUCCGCCAGGCCAGCCGUCCACUUCAUCCCAGCCCUUAAGCCCCCCUCCGAGACCCCUGUCCAGCCACUCCCCGACCUCCACGUCCCCCAACUCUCAGGUGUACAGCACGCCCCGGCGCCACUCCAGUAACCAGCCGCCCAUCCAAGCCCCCAGCCAUCCUCCCCCGGAGCCGCCGACGCAAGCCAGUUCCCCCACUCAACUCGCUGGGGAUCCUCUGAGCGCGGACCCCUCGCCGCCGGACUCCCCCACCCCUCCGGAUUCCCCUCCGCCCCCUGUCACCCCCAGCUCAGACGUCACCCCGGCUUCCCUGUCGCCCUACCAGACGGGCUCGCUCCCCCGACCGCGGCCCGUCCCUAAACCCCGAAACCGGCCCAGCAUGCCCCCGCCUCCGCAGCCCAACCCCAUGGCCAGCGACACCAACGGUAUCUGCGCCGCCGCUUACAAGAUGAUGGACCCGGCUAUGACCUUCAAAGGGCUGAGUCGGACUCUGGUUCCGGAGUUCAACGCCGACCCGCAGCCGGCGCCGGUCUCCUCGCCGCCUCCUUCCAGAGACUGUGAGCUGGACAGCGAGAGCACCGUCCUAUAAGGGAGGACACACACUCACACACUGUUCUGCCGAUUUCUUUUGCGGGGAUUUGUGUGCUUGGCUUUUCCAAAUAUUUUACCAAAACAUCCAUGGAAAGAAAAAAAAAAAUCCUCCAUCUUAGCUCCAACUAACGUGAGAGUUAGUUGGCAAACAAAAGACAAUGAUAUGCUACUUUGGGAUUUUUGAUGUGUUUAUUUUUUAAUGUUGAAAAAAAAAAAUGGCCUUCGAAACAUGAAAUGACAAAGGGUGGAACCAAAAACUUAGCGGUGACUGCAGGUUUCCAGUCGUCUCAAACUUUUUUUUUUUUUCUCCCCCUUUUCAUUUUUUUUUCUUUCGCUCUCUUGUAUUUAUUUACCUCCAAAGUUUAAACGUAUACAUUCCCUGUGUCUCAGCACACUUGCUGCAGUCACUACAUGUAAAUAAAGCCUUAAUAGGAUGGAAAGCAUUGUAGAUUUACUGAGCAUUUAUUCGACUGCCAUUUUAAGGCCUCGUGUUUUCUUUGUUCUCACUAAUAAGACAAUUCAGUGACGUGCACAGAUUUGUCAUACUAGAGCAAAACAACACAAGAGUACAUUAAAUAAAUGCUCCAACAGCUUUUUUUUUUUGUUUGUAUUAAUGCAGUAUUUCCGAGAAGCUGUCUUGGUGUUUCAGGGAUGUCAUAGGAAGGUGUAGCUACUCCCUAAAACCUGUCGCGAUUCUUUCGAGACUGUAAGUAGCGGGGUGUCGCCCUCGCCGAGCCUCAAGCAGUCAGUAUUUUUUAUUUUUUUUUUGCCUUUCUUCAAGUGUGAUGAAUGUAAGCGGAAGGAUUCUUUCUGUAAAAAUGCCUCUUUGUCUGAAGCUGAUGUUGCACAUGAGCACAGGCCACCAAUUAUUAUUAUUUUAUUUUUUUUCUUUUCUUAAAAACUCCCCACUGAGCUGAGAUGUUGUGUCACCUCGGUAGUGACGUGCGGGGGAAAUAUUUUAUCGAAUGGAUAGGAUUGUUCUCUUUAGCUCGCUUUCUUGUGUGCAAUGCAGAGGUUCAGUUUUUAGGGAUUGACACACAAAAUGGUACCAAUGGAAAAAGUCUUGGAUGCUGCAGUUGCCCUGAAAAUAUGUGAUAACCCCCCACCCACCCAACUCCCCUGAGACAAUCACAUGUCCUUAUUUCUUCUCUCGGCUCGUGUGACUCAAUGCCUUAUAUCCCCCCCCUCCCCUACCCACACUGCACAUCAAGACCAACAAAUGCCAUUAAACUAGAAGUGCUGAUGCUGCGUUUUUAAGCUCCAUAGUUUUGUAUGUUUCUCGUCCGGUCAGCUGAAAUGUGGAAUAAAAUCUGUUAUAUGAAUGCUUGGUUAUACACCCUUUCCAAAGAAAAUAAAGUAUAUGAAGAACUCA